UCAACGAAAAGGAACGAAAGACAACUAUUAAAAAUCUGUGAACUCGUCAGCUCGGACCGGUGGACAUAAUGACUCUCGGUUUAGAGUCAUGACAUUUGUUUUUAAGUACUUUAAGAGGCUGGGAGAGAAUAACAUUGCAGUGUAACGCAAACAAACAUUGGGGUCAGGAAGAUUUGUCUCUGUGAAAGUUGUUUUGUUGAUGUUAGCUCGUAUGCUAACACGUUUACCUUUCGGACAUGACAUCAACUAAUCCAGGGUUUGUUGAUUUUAGAUCAUCAUGGCAAUGAAGUUGUAAAUUUACACAGAAAAGAUAUGCCUGAAGUCUCUUCACUAGCUAUGGCCACAUCAGCUGUAUCUCUUUCGAACAGUCCUGCAGUUGUGCCAAAGGCUAACAACAAGCGACAAGCCACCUCGGACUUCGAGGACGAUGAGGGAAGCAAAUUGUUCAGGUGUGAUGAUGACUUAAGCGGGGCAAAUGACAAAGAGAGAUUUGCCAGGGAGAAUCACAGCGAGAUCGAGCGGAGGCGGAGAAAUAAGAUGACUGCUUACGUCACAGAGCUGUCGGACAUGGUGCCCACCUGCAGCGCAUUGGCACGGAAACCAGACAAGCUGACCAUCCUGCGCAUGGCCGUAUCUCACAUGAAAUCGCUCAGAGGGAGCGGCAACACUGGCACAGAUGGAACAUACAAACCUUCCUUCCUCACAGACCAGGAGCUGAAGCAUCUGAUUCUGGAGGCUGCUGAUGGCUUCUUGUUCGUUGUGUCAUGUGAGACCGGCCGCGUUGUUUACGUGUCGGACUCUGUCACACCAGUUCUGAACCAGGCUCAAUCUGAUUGGCUUGGAUCCUCGCUGUACGACCAGCUUCAUCCAGAUGACGCAGAGAAACUCAGAGAGCAGCUCUCCACUAGUGAAAACAACACUGGUCGGAUGUUAGACCUGAAAACGGGCACAGUGAAGAAAGAGGCGGGUCAGUCAUCUGUAAGGACGAGUAUGGGUGCAAGGCGCUCCUUCAUCUGCAGGAUGAGAUGUGGAGUUUGUCCAGUAGAACCAGAGUCUAUGAACAGACUCAACUUCCUGAGAAGCAGAAACAGGAAUGGCUUGGGUCCUUCUAAGGACGGUGAACCGCAGUAUGUGGUGGUACACUGCACAGGCUACAUCAAAUCCUGGCCUCCUGCCGGAGUUACUCUUUCUGAAGAGGAGGCUGAUAAUACUCAAGGAAAUCGUUUCUGCCUAGUUGCCAUUGGACGGCUACAGGUAACCUGUUGUCCAAGCUACACCAACAUAAGUAACAUCAGCGUUCCAGUGGAAUUUAUAUCUCGCCAUAACUGUCAAGGCGUCUAUACAUUUGUGGAUCAUCGCUGCCUGGCGACAGUGGGCUACCAACCUCAGGAGUUACUGGGGAAGAACGUUUUAGAUCUUGCACACCCAGAAGAACAGGGCUUAUUAAGAGACAGCCUUCUGCAGGUGGUGAAACUGCGAGGUCAGGUUCUGACAGUGAUGUUCCGGUUCCGCUCUAAAUCCCACGAGUGGAUCUUGAUGAGAAUGAGCUCGUUCACCUUCCAGAACCCUUUCUCAGAGGAGAUUGAGUACAUUAUAUGCACCAACGCCAAUGUCAAUAGAGCUCCAAAUCAGGAUUCCAUGUCCCCCCUCUCUUCCUUGGGGGUGGCACUGCCCCCUCCACUGGGGCAAAGCAGUCCUAACUGCCCCUCCACCCCCAGCCCAGUUCAAAUAACAGCCAGGCAGUUGCAGCAGCAGGCAGAUUUAGAAGGGGGGAUGAGUAGAGAUGCAGUGUAUGAUACAAAUCAGGUGGCGCUUCCUCAGGGUCCAGUGCAGACUGUGGGAGUAGUCAGCACUGAUCACAACUCUAAGGCUCUGGCAUCCAGUGCACAGCAGAUUUACCCUCCAGCAACAUCUUUCCCCAGUACUGCACGCCCCAGUGAACCCUACAGGUCAGCUGGAAUGGCUCAGCAGAUGGUGUCUGCCCCUCACUCAGCAGGUCAGAUGCUGGCACAGAUGUCAUGUCAGAGCACACCCUCUGCAGCCGUUUUCAGCAACAACAGCCCCAUUCAGGCCCAAGAAAGAGCCACAGCGCCACCUGGAGUCUGGACUGCAGCAAGACCUCCCUUCAACACACAGCAGGUGGCAGGUCAAGUAAUGAAGAAUCAGUCACCUCAAUUUUACAUGGGAGGUUUCAACUCUGCUCCUACAUCCUCCACUUCCUCAUCCUUUGGCCAGAUUGGCGGAGCUGCUUCUUCAAUGGCAAACACAUCGAGUUACCCACAACUCAACAGUCACAUCAACCCCUCAUCAAACAGCCAUGGUGAUGUUGGUCAGAUGGGAGCACAGUUCACCUCCAGGCCAGCAGAGGCAGUAUCAGGGUGGCAGCAGUGGCAAAAUCAGCCACUCACACAAGGCACUGCAAAUACACACCUGCAGUCUCAGAACAACCAGUCAGAGAUAUUUUCAGAUGUUCUCUCCAUGUUGGAUCAGUCUGGCACUUUUGGCAACGAAGACUUUGCAGAGAUGUCUAUUUUUCCUCCAUUCCCUGAGUGAUCCUCCUCCUUUUGUCAAUUUCUUCACUCCCUGUUGCUCUCUUACUCUCCAUUUCUUUCUGUUUUGAACAAAUGUAUGACAGUGUAGAGGUAUAGAGGUAUUUACAGAAGCAGAGAAGAAUGGAAGGAUAUCACAAUUCUUAUAAGCCAUACUGUGAGGAUACAAGAGGGAGGGAGAAAAAUAGCCUAGCACACACACACACAGACAGACAGACGUCGAUGACCCCUGUGCUUUGAACAGGGGUGAAAUGUGUUCACUUUAAAAUCACGCACAAUUGCACACUUCGAGCACAUACAGUCCCACACUGUCUCUGCCAUACCCACACGUUUUUUAUUUUUGAGUUUGAAAUAAGGAUUUCUUUUAUCCAUUUUGUGUACUUUUUUUUCCACACACACAAAGACAGUAUUGUCUGUCUGUAUUACUGCAAUGCAAUAUGAUAUUUUGAUCCCAUUCAAAUGUAAGAGAAAAUUUGAUUCAGCCACUAGUAUGUGACAGCAUUGAUCUGGAGUGUCAUGGCUGCCUCAGAAUUUAGCUCUGAAUGUAAAGAAGUUAAAGAGCUCUAAAUGUGUUGGUGGAGUCCGUCCUCCUUUUAAGCUUUUACAUUUAUUUUUAAAAACUUCCAUAAGGGUGGGAAUUGAAUUGAUCUGGCCACACCCCACAUUCAAUACAAGCACACAACAGAGGAAGUUCAUUAGUCCAAUGCAAUUUGUUACGCAACUGAUUGGACAUAUUGGACAUACUGGAUUAUCUGAAUUUAAAAAAAUUAAAUCUGUGUUGCCAUAUAAUACCACAGAAUGCGCACCACAUUUUUGGGGGAUAUAUGAUCCUUGAAAUUCAGUCAUGAAACUCUACAUGGCCAAAUAUGAUUGGUUCUUUUACAUGUAAUCUGUUAGCCAAUCAACUUGCGCUCUCUGUCUUUGUCUAACUUUUAAAUUGCCUUAUGUAAGGGCGUAGCCAGGAAAUUAGUUUUGUGUGGGCCUUAAUAAAAAUGGAUGGGCCAGAUUUUCGCCCAUGUUUUGUUGUUGUUGUUCUCCGUAACAAAAGAGAGGUGGCACAUUCAAACAAUUCUUUCACACUUUCAGAAAUGUGAAUUUAUGCAUUUUUUUUGUUUUUAAAUAUAUAUUUUAUAAAUAUAUAUUUGAAGUCAGUGAAUAAUCUCUAAUAUUCUGGGUGGGCCUGGGUCUAAUUUGGUGGUCCUAUGCUCACCGCAGGACCCCCUUGGCUAAGCCACUGUUUGUAUUCAGGUAAACCAGUUUAACUGCCGUGCGCAAUGGGAGUUUUCUCAUUUAAACCCUCCUCCUCCCCAGUACCACAGGGCUACAUCUGCUUCAUGGGGAUUGUGUGCAUGUUUAUUGACAUUCUAAUGACAAGACCAUUCUGGGGAGACAAUGAAAGUUUAAAUUGUAAUUCUACUUCCUUAAAUUCAGAUUACAAUUCCAUCCUCUUUACUACUUCAGUUCAAAUUCAGGAAUUGAAUCUGAGUUUUAAAGGCAUUUUCAGUUCAAUCCUUAGCGGUGCUCAUCCCUGGCUUCUAUUGAUGCAGUGUAACACAUAACCUGCUGCAGUAGCUCUGGCUGCUUUCAAACUCAUCACAGGCUGUGGAUACGUCUAAUAUGUUUCUCUUGUCAAUUCUGCAGCUUUAUGUAAAGUUUCGCCUGUGCUGAUGUCAUGGUUUCACUCUGGCACGUUUUUGUAAACACAAUGAAAAAGAUUGUAAAUCAAGCAAUAAUGAGCAGGAUUUGUGUACUUCAAAGCCAUUUUAUUGGUAGACUAAGCAUUAUCGUAACAUUAAUAUAAAGUGGAAAAGAAGAAACCUAUAAGCAUAAUCUGUUCAGUCAGUUUUAUGCUUUUGGAUUCACCGACAAGUCGUCAUUCUAGAUUGGCCUUGUACAGAGAGACUAUUCCAGAAUUUCUUAUAAUUCUUCAGUUGAAUCCAUAUAGGCUAAGGAAUAUUGGCACAUUUCGUUUAUGAAUAGUUAAUUUUUUUUAGAUGAAAAACUUAAUGAAAUGUGUUUUAUAUUUGCUUUUGAAUGUGGGUGGAUCUGUUCUCUUCAAUACUAAUUCAUGUUAAUUAAAAUAAGUGAAUCCACGUGUCAAUAGAAGCCUUUUCUCUGAUAUGAAAUGACCAAUGCUCUGGUCUGUUGCGAUUGUGUGUUUGUUUUUCGCCACCUUGUUUCUCAUCCGGAUUUUUACAAUGAUGUGAACUGCAGUUUAUGUAGUACACAGAAUCAGAAAUAUAUGAGCAUACAUGUAUAUGAAAUAUUCAACAUGAAAGAGAACUGUUUUGUCUUUUGAAUAAAAUUU